CGGAGCGCGGCGGCGUCAGUUGCUGGACGACGACGGACGAGGACGGACGCCGCCGCUCCUCCUCCUUCACCUGCUGCUCCUACUCACCCUCCUCACACCUCACAAUGGGCGCCGGCAGCUCUUCCUCGUCGCUACGCACUAAUGUUUUGGAUGAGAUGCGCAGCAGUGGCAGGGUCUUAGAAGACUUCGAGAAGCAUGACUUUGAUUGUGCUUCCGUGGGAGGAAUGAAGACUGUUUAUAUGAUGUUUCACUCGGCACUCGAGGAGUUACAAACACAAUACACAGUCAAGGAUGAAGGACUGGUUGUCUGUUCUGAGGCGAGUGAGGUCAUUGAGAAAAAGAAAAAGGUUGAGAAACAGCAGGAAAAGGAAAGACCUGAACCAAAUGUGGACUCUGUAAUGAAUAAGCUGAAUAACGUUUGGGAGGAAGAAAUAUCACUAAUGGAGAAUGCUGCUGGGGUUUUCUUGUUGAAGCUGCUGUGUACUGUUCGCUUAACAUUGAACAACGUGUUGGACAAGAUAUCUUAGGUUGAAGAGUUUGUCAGGAAUAAAGGAAGAACUUUCCAAGAGAGUGAGUUAGGGAAGAAAAUGGACAAGCCCCUGUUAGCUAGGAGCAGGUUUAUGAAAUAUCAAAGUUUCUCAUCUAAGAUAUUUAUCAAAAGAAAGUCUAAUUUUAUCAAACAUCAAAGAAUGAGGAUUUAUUUUUCUCCAUGGAAAUAAUUACAAAACCACUUAAGUGCAAUAUUCAAAAUACUGUAUAUGGUUAUCAGGAAAGGAUUAAAUCAAAGAGAAUAAAUGGCUUGUUCUAAAUUAUCAAUAAAUGCAAAUAUUAAAUUGUUUGAUUUGUUUUGUAAACAAAAGUGGCAUUGCACGUAUCAAUCACAAACUUAUGUUCAUAGUGAAGUCUUGCGUUCAACCAUUUCUGAAAAAAAGUUUAUAUUUGUAAUAUUCAGUAAAACUUAUAAAUUAAUCAAGCAAAAUUCAUAUAAUAUGUAAUACUGUCUAUGAAUGAUUAUUUUUAAUGAACAAGUAUGCAGUUAAAUAUAUGUUGAUUAGUUCAGUUUUAAUUAUUUACAUAAAAAAAAUAUUUUGUAUUGUUUACAGAGAUAAUAAUAGUUUUAUAAUUUGAUACAUAAAAUUAAGUGCUGGUAUUUCUCACUCACUUGUGUAAUAAGACUAUAAGUAUCUCCAACUAUUUUGUAACCUUCAACACAUUAUUAUACACUUGCCAAAAUAUUUAUUAAUGCUUGUUAAAAAGAAUACUUGAAGUCACUUUUUAUUAUGUCUUCCAAGGAAAAUUUACUUACCUGAAAGGAUUUUUCACUAAUGUAAAAUAACACCUAGUAAAUGUAUAAUAAUAC